AUGGAUACACCUGCGGCUAGUACCUCUACCAACAAUCAGCAUCAUCCAUCGUUUGCAUCUACUGGUACUAUCGAAGUGCCCGUUUUCUAUCCAACCAUCGAAGAAAUGCGCGAUUUCGCGACACUGAUCAAUAAAAUUGAGCAACAACAUUGUGCUCAUCUGGUUUGCGGCAUUGCAAAGAUCGUACCACCGCCAGAAUUCCAUGCAAGGAAAUCAGGUGACUAUUCGGACGUUGACAACUAUGUCAUCGAUCAGCCAGUUAAAGAAAAAAUAGAGGGGAAUGUUGGAGUGUAUAUUAAAACAAAUAGAUUAUAUCGAAGAUCAAUUACCGUACGAGAAUUUCGUGCGCUUGCAAAGAAAUCACCUUUUCCGAAGGGUGACUUGUCACUGCAGGAGAUUGAGAAAUAUUACUGGAAGCAUGUGUUACAAGGCGAACCAGUUUAUGGUGCUGACUCACCAGGAACUUUAUGUGAUGAAAAUCUUAGAGAAUUCAAUAUGAAUCAUUUGGGCACGGUUCUUGAUAUGCUAGAUGAUAAUGGAGUGAAAAUUAAAGGAGUGAACACAGUUUAUUUAUAUUUCGGCAUGUGGAAAACAACAUUCCCAUGGCAUUCCGAAGAUAUGGAUCUUUAUUCCAUCAAUUAUGUUCAUUUUGGUAAACCGAAGUUCUGGUAUGCCAUAGCUACAGAAUCCCUGAAUCGUUUUGAACGUUUUGCUGCGCAGUGUUUUCCAUCUGCAGCAAAAUCAUGUAAAUCAUUUUUACGCCACAAAACUUUCAUGAUCUCUCCACACAUCCUGCGAAAAAACAACAUCAGAUACGGAACGAUGGUUCAGUAUGCAAAUGAGUUCAUAAUUACAUUUCCACGGGGAUAUCACAUGGGUUUUAAUAUUGGCUAUAACUGUGCAGAAUCAACAAAUUUUGCAUCUGAUCGAUGGAUUGAUUUUGGUCAGAGUAAGAAUGCUUUGGUAUGUGGUUGCCGCUCAGACAGUGUUGAAAUUGAUAUGCGCCCAUUUAUGAAGACAUAUCGAGCUGCUGAAUAUGAUGAGUGGUAUCAGUAUUGGUACGGCGAACGACUUGUCAAAGAUAGAAAAAGAGUGACAUGUUCAAAACGUCAGCCAGUAUGCGAUGAGAAAGCAGUAGAGAGGAAGAAACGUCGAAAAACUCAGAAAAGUGGUGGUGCACGUGGACCGCAUGUUAAAGAUGAUACUGAUACAGAAAGUUCUGGAUUUGAUGGUGACAUCAAUAAUUACGAGCAAGAAAUGUCGACAAUGGUGGUUUCAAAUAUGAUUGUAAAUACUAAAUGGAAAAAGGAGGUUCGAGAUUUAUGGUCGAAUCUGCCUGGAAGUCUCUAUGCUGAAAAAGAGUUUAAUAUUCGUCACGCUUAUGAUACACCGCAUUGCUCCAUAUGUCAGUAUUUUGUACCGAAACCGCUAAUGGAAAAGAAAAAAAAUUUGCCGUUGACAUCGCAGCGUCUUGUGAAGCGUGCAUAUUAUGCGAAGACAAAUCCUGAUACCUACAGUAUAAACGAAGAUGAUACUGCCUGUGAUGAUCGAUUGUUCAAGUGUGCAAACUGCUUUGUAGUUGUGCAUGAAGAUAUGACUCAAUGGAGAUGUGUACGUUGUAGACAACGAGAUGACUUGAUAUUACGUUCAGCAAGUUGUCACCUUUGUGAACUGCGUGGAGGCGCUUUCAUACCGUGUGAAAAUAGUGAAGGAGAUUUUGUUCAUGUUAUUUGUGCUCUGUUAAAUCGUCGUACGGUUUUUCUGGAUCCUGUAAAAUUAACAUCAGCGUAUACCCUCCCACCACCAAAGUUUUGUGCACCGAACAAGUAUCCAGAUCUCAUGAACAAGGAAUAUAUGGGAGCCUUCGGCGAGAAUUGUGAACGGGGCAAAUUUGAAUGCGAGUUUUGCUUGCAUUCACGUGAAGGAUUGUUAAAGUGUCUUUUAUGCGAUGAUACAUUAUUUCAUGCAACGUGUGGCCGACUAGCGGGCGUUUCUUUCGAAUUUCGUAAUUGGCCAGAUCUUACCGUUGCUGUCUGUCCUGAGCAUAAUGAUGGUGAAAUAAAUACGCCAGCAAUAUCAGUUGGUGAUAACGUUCGUGUAUGUCCAGACGACUGUAGCCGUUUACUCAAAGGAACGGUUUCCAAUAUUGAAUAUCAUGAUUGUUGUACGGUAAAUUUUAUGGAUCGUAACUGGAGUGAUGAUUUGCCAUCAGAAGAUAUUGUCGAAUGUGAGUGCUCCCGACUGAACUGCAAUGGGUGGCAUGUGCCAGGAGCUAAGAUCAAAGUGAAAUGGGAUGAUGGUCUAAUCUAUGAUGGUAUUUUCCGUAAUCGCUAUCAGCGUGCUGUUUAUACUGUUAAUCUGAAUGCGAAACAUGCACAGAAUCAUCCGGCAAUAGUACAAGUUGGACGAGAUGCAAUAUUUGCACGUGGUGAGAAACCGAACACCAUGUAA